AUGUCUUCUGCUAUAAAAAAAUUUUUCGAAAAAUUGCGUACAGGUAAUGCUACUUCUGAUAAGUAUCGAGAACUCACACUUCAACCGAAUCUCAUCAACGGAUUAGAAGUUCUAAGUAACAAUAAUAAUAGCUUAGCCUUACUAAAACAAUUCUUCUCAACCGCUCAAUUCCAAGUUAUUGAUGAAGAAAUUUUCAUUAAUGACACACCUGUAAAAAAAAUUGAGUCUUUAUUGCGAGCAGGUAAAUUGAAAGAACUUUUCAACUUACUGCACAUAUCCUCCGAGGUAACUACUCGCGAUGAAUACAAUUUUCAAUCGUUGCUGCAACCUGAAAUUCCCGAAGUUAACAUUUUAAAAUUUGCCGAAAGAUAUAAACAAGCGCAAUUGCAACACCCAGAUCUUGAUUUCAUAGUGACAUCAUCCGCAGACAUACAACGCAAAUUAACAACGUUGGCCAAAGAUAAAUUGAAGAUAUUUUUGAACCGACUACAAAGCAUGGCAUCGAAGACUCAAGUCGUUGAUGGCCUCUUCGCUAAAGUAAAAGUUGAUAAAGAUGUAGUGGAUAACAUUGCCGUCGCUGCUAAGUCCCGAGAAGGAUGCUAUUUGGUAAAAACAGAUAAAUCUAAAACAAAAUCAUUUAAGUUGAUAAAUCGUUCGUGUUCUCAGACAAGUGAUUUAACUCAAGAUACUUCUAGCGAAUUUGAGCCGAUUGCAGACUCAUUACCGUAUAAUUUACAAAUUUAUUUACAAGUUUUAUUAAACGAAAAAUUUUUAACAACAAAAAAAACGGAACGAGAAAAUCUCAUAAACGAAUUGGGGUUAACAGCCGCUGAAGUAAUUGAAGAAAACAUACCGUAUCUUGUAAUGAAAUAUGAGUCGAAACUCUCGAAAUAUUUUAGUAAGAACAAUUAUGGCAAUACGUUAUUUAAUCAGCUGCCAAAUGAAGACAAGAAAUCUUUGCAUGAAGAUCUUUGCAAAUUGAACCAUGGAAACCCAUGUGUUUCAUGUUCGCCACUUGCUCCACGAAAUUCAAUUGACUAUGUUGACAUUUCCAAACUUCCAGUUAAUAUGACUGUAAUGUAUGUUAAAAAAGCAACGUUACUUGAGCUUCUAGUUGAUUUUGAUGUUAACUUGUGUAUUUGUGCUUGUAGAGUAUUAUAA